AUGACCAAGUCUUUUUCUCACAAGCUCGACCAUGGUGGCUAUGGUUCUGUUUACAGAGGCAACAUGCGCAAUGGUCGUGAGAUAGCUGUUAAGAUGCUGAAGGGCAUCGAAGGCGAUGGUGAGCAAUUCAUGAAUGAGGUGGCUAGUAUUAGUAGAACAUCUCAUGUCAGCAUCGUUACUCUGGUAGGAUAUUGCCUUCAAGGAUCAAAACGAGCUCUCCUCUACGAGUACAUGCCCAAUGGUUCCCUUGAGAGGUACACUUUUGGUAGCAAUUCUACUGAAGGAGAAGACAGUUUGAGUUGGGAUAAACUGUUCGACAUUGUCAAAGGAAUUGCACGAGGAUUGGAGUACCUCCAUGCGGGCUGUAACACCCGCAUUGUGCAUUUCGAUAUCAAACCACACAACAUUCUAUUAGAUCAGGACUUCUGUCCAAAGAUAUCGGAUUUUGGAUUAGCGAAGCUGUGCCGACAAAAGGAGAGUAGAAUCUCCAUUGCUAGGGCAAGAGGCACUAUAGGGUACAUAGCCCCUGAAGUAUUCUCAAGAAACUAUGGACCAGUGGGCAGCAAGGCUGAUGUGUACAGUUAUUGCAUGCUUGUCCUUGAGAUGGUCGGAGCAAGGAAGAAAAUCGAUGGUAGUACAGAUGACAACAGCAGCAAGUAUUUUCCGCAAUGGUUGGAUGAAAACUUGGAUCAGUUCUGUGGCCUCACAACCAGCGAGAUCAGCAGCAGCGACACCACGGAAGUGCUCCGUAAUGCAUUGUUUUAG